AUGGAAACAACACCAGCUAUUUCACGUUCGGGAAGAGUGUUGAAAAAAAGUGCCAAACUUUUGGAAAUGGAAACCGAAACAAUUGGUAAAAGUCCAAGACAAAGUGGACCAAAACCAGGCAAAAUAUCAAUCAUUGGUAAUGAUUUGAAUACAACUUUAUCCGAUGAUAAUAUCAUUAAAAAUGUUGCACCAAAUAAUAUACGGCUGAAAUUGAAUCUAUCCAAUCAUAAUCAACAGCUAGUGCAACCAUCAAAGAUUACCGUUGUUGCUGAACCGAUUCCAAUAACCAAUAAUCAAGCUAUCAUUACUACCACCACCACUACACCUAUCCAGAUUAGACCAAAUGUAAUACCAGCGGCAAAAUCAUCACCAACAAUUGGAUCAUUGAUUUUCCGAGUAAAUAAUGAUUCAAUAAAACGUCCUCAUGAAAAUACCGUUUCAACAGCUGAUGUCAAACGAAUUAAGCCAAAUGAACCUGAAGAAAAGACAAAAUCUCCUAUUCAACACAACAUUCAUAUUCAAUCGAAAGAUAAUCAAUCACCUGUCGUAAGAAUUAUAGCAAAUCAACAACAAUCAUUGCCACAGCAACAACAACAACAACAACAGACAUUAUUUAAAAGUACACUUUCACCCAUAUCGGAUAAAACAACGAUGAAUCAGGAUAGAUUAUUAAAUCAUAAAUCAUUUACAACUUCUACACCUAAGAUCAAUACAAUCAUAGCAUCCAGACAGAUUUUACCUCGAUCCAUACAGGAACAACGUCGAAUUAAUCAGGCUAAUCGUGCACGACUUCAAAUGCAACAACAGCAACAACUUAAAGAUGAAUUACGACAAAAACAAUUAGAUUCAGCUAAUAUCAAACAACAACAAACGGAAAAUCAUCAUAAUAAUAAUAAUAAUGAAGAGACUAUUAAAACAGUAAAGAAACCAGCAGUAUCUGCAUAUGUACUUUGGUGUAAAGAGAAUCGAAGCCAUAUACAAUCCAAUUAUCCAGAAUUGGAUUUCUGUAAUUUAUCGAAAAAAAUGGGCGGCAUUUGGCAUACGUUACCAAAAAUGGAAAAAGAUAAAUGGAUUCGAAAAGCACAAUUAAUGACUAAAUAUGGUAUCGGUUUUAAUAUGGGUGCCAUUUAUGAUUAUGAUGAUGAAGAUCUGAAACCAGAAAUUGUUCUUGGUAGUCUUACAUUGCCUAUAACGAAAACAUUGGAUAAAACGUAUGGCGAGAAUUUCAUCAAUACAGAAACAUCAUCAAUUGAAGGUGAAAAACAUUAUAUCGGUACUGAAUUGAUUGAUGCUCAAUCAUAUCUAAGUAUACUUGGUGAUUCUUUGAUGACCAUCAGUAGCUAUAUUCAACGUGGUAUUAAAUAUAAUAGUGAAAUUCGUUAUUGUCCAAUGGCAGCUGCAUCAACACUACUCGAUACAGCAUUGGUUUCGAUGAGCACAUUGGCUUCAAUCACAUUAUCAUUGCCAAAUGUUUCGGUCAAUCGUAAGAUGGCCAAAAAGACCAUUGAGAAUGCAACCUAUUUUAUGCCACCAUCUGAAUUUUAAAAAAAAAUCAUCCAUAUUGCUAAUCAAUUCAUUUCUUCAUUUUAUUUCGAUUUUUUUUUCGUUUAUCCAUCAAUCUCUAAUUGAUGUAUUAUUGAUUGAUUGAUUGAUUUCAAACGUAGCAGCAGAUGGGUAAAAAAAAAUUAAAAAUUUUUCUCAUUCUUAAAUCGACUAUUUUUACUCUGUUGAGCCAUCAAACAAACAAA